GGUAGGGUAUCAUACUCGAGUACAAGUACUCGUAAAGUGAGUAGGCGGGAAGGAGAUGGGGGGGCGCGUGUCGGGAGUGUAAGUGGCUUCCCCGAUACCUGUAACCGUAUUCGAGAUGAAGCUUGUUUUUUUUUUUCCAUCUUUACCUUCCUCUUUAUCGUGACUUGGCGGUCCACCAAUUACCGGUAGUAUGAACCGAACUACCAGUGCACGAUCUAAGUCGAGUGCACUGAUCGAAAAGAGAAAGAUGUUUGUUCUCGGCAGAACUUUACAUUGUACGGGUGGCUCCCCGAACGCGGGGCAGAAGCAGCAAAAAAUGACCUUUCCUUCCACUAGCGCCGCACCGCACAGUGCUCGAGUACGAAGAGGAGAGAAGGGGGGGGGAACUCGAUAGAUGACGGGAAGGCCUAUCCUACAUUUUCGACAAAUAGCCGUAUUCAUUCCUUAAAGUAUGCUCAACAGUUACCCUUUUCAGCGGAAAAGAAAAAAAAGCACCUACGAUCUACACGAUCCGAAAAACACCCAAGAAUUUUGCCGAGUGACAGUGGGUGACUCCGCCAACAGACCCGCGGGCCUGUUUGAAAGACAUAUUGGUCGCCAGUCAUCGCGGAAAGGAUCCUACAGGAAUGGCACUACUAGAAGCAGGAUUUUCAUGACCCACUCUUUCACCUCUUUUUCCCACGUCCGUUCCAUUCCUUCCGGAUACCGAUAUGACUGUGGUAGUGUUUUUGGGAAAGCCUUUCUCUCUCUUCUCGUUCCACUUGGACACAACCUCAACUGCUUCUUCUCCCCGUUCAUGUGGGUGAGAAAGAGAAAGCGUGUAAGAGGGGUUACUCGAGUAUAUGUGUGUGUGUGCGCUCGAGUGCGCGUGGGAGUUCUUAAUCUACUUGACUUGGUUUUGGCUUUCAUGGGCACCUCCUCCUCCUGCUUACUGCUAUGGAUCUUGAAAGGGGUCUUGUAUCGGGGUACAGUGUAUGGCUGGUAA